AUUUGGUGGAGUUCGUAGGAGUAUGUAGGGGAAAGUAUUACAUUUGGUAAAAUUGGGCGUCCGUGUAGGUCCGAAGGAUUUAGUGCAGGUGUUUUUGGAAAUUUAUGGUCAGAGAUUUAGGAUUUAGGGUUUUAAUAGUUUUAUUAAAUUGCAACGAAAUGUUCGAAUUCAUGUCCCGCUCGCCAGUUAAAACCCUUGCUAGGCUUUAGGGCUUAGCGGCUACUCCAUUCUCCUCCUCGGACAGCUUAACGAGAGGUGAUCGGCAAAGCGAAGCGAAACCAUGGAGUUCCGGGGUCUCCCACAAGCGCCGUCUGCACCCGUCUCAUUCCAUGUUGCCUCGCUCCUCGAGAGCUUCUCUGUCAUCCCCUCCGCCGCUGCCCCGGCCAUCCUCGACUGCAUCCUCGCAUCCUCUUCCCUCUCUUCUUCCGCCCUCUUCUCCUCUCUACUCGAAGCCUUCCCCGCAGUCGUACAACCUCGUCAAUCGAAUUACAUCUUAUCCUACAUGACUUCCCUUUGCCAUCUUAUUGGAAAAACCGAUUCUCAAUAUGAUUCAAUGAGCCGGUUUAUAUGGAGAGUUUUUCUACCGCUACUCAAAGCAAGUCCAGAUGAGUCCGAGCUGCUCAGCCAGAUGGAUGUCUUAUUCUGCGAUGUUGUUUCCAAAUUCCAACCUUGGGAACUUAUGGGAGUGACACUUGUACCAUUUUGUCUUAGGUCACUAAGACUUUCUCUAGGCAUAUAUGAAAGUGAAGAUUUAGCAACUUAUCAAUGGAAGAUUGACAACAUUGAUCAGGAUUAUGACAGCAUUCCACUAGGUGCUUUGCCAUUGCAAAGUGGUUGCCGUGUCCUGAAAUCACUACUACUAUCUGCAAUGAGAUGCAAGGAGAUGCUUGUCUUAGGGCAAAGCUCUUCUGAGGAAGAAGACAUUUUGGUUUGCUUUAUCAAUAAUCUUACAUGGGAUUUGUCAAGGUUGGUACUUGGGGUGCAUAUGCAGAAUUCGGAGCAUCAUUCUUAUGCUGUUAGAAUACUCCUUCCAGUGAUAAUUAGGUGUCUCAAUGAGCUAUCUCCUGUCACUGUUUGGGUGCAAGGCUCACUUUGUAGACUUUCAAGGGUCAGUUUCUCAAAAGAAUUGUGGCAUUGCUGCUCAACUCUGUUUGGUCUUGGACAUCUUGAACGGCUGGAUGCAUUUAGCAUACUUUCUAUAUAUUUUUCUAUAAUUUUUGAUAAUGACAAAUUUGAUAACCAAUCAACUGAAAACACUAAAUUGUUUGAUGCAAUAGAACGGAAGGAAUUUUGGGAGGAAAUCCGCAAGGGAUUGGUUGAUAAUGAUUCCUCUAUGAGGAAACAAGCAUUAUAUAUUCUAAAAAUAAUGUUAAAGCACUAUUCCUUGCUUGAAAUCCAUGAUGAUGGAUGUUUCUCUGGUGAUUCAAGAAUGAGACUAGAGGAUGAUAAAAACAAUUUGGAUGAUAUUGCAAUGAGUGUUGGUGAAACUAAAAGAGAAAGAUGGGCCGAUAGAGAGGCUAGAUCCUUAGGUGUAGGCGAAGUGUACCAUACAAUGGAUCAGUUGUUGAAUAGUUAUGGGAGGUGGAAGGUCUUCAUUCUCCUAUAUGAAAUGCUUGAAGAGUACGGCACACAUUUAGUUGAGGCAGCUUGGAGCCACCAAGUGUCUUUGUUAUUUCAGUCCAGUUUACCUGAUAGCUCCUCACUUUCUUGUGAAUCUUAUAUAUCUCAAAUGGAAAAUCCAGAAGCAAGAUUUACUUGGCUAGCAAUAUUGUGGGAGCGUGGUUUUUCUCAUGAAAAUCCGCAAGUGCGAUGCUUGAUUUUGGCUUCAUUCUUGUGCAUGGAUUGGGGGAAUCUUGGGAACUGCAUACAUUUAAUUCCAAAAGCAUUUGUACUUGGAUCUCUCACUCGAGCUCUGAAUGAUGUAUCACACCAUAAUGAUUUUGGUGUCAAAGGAGUUUACACUUCAAAAACAAUUGAACGCGCUUCAAAAUUCUAUUGUGAAUUUUCUCGUAAUUUGACAUUCAGUGAGAGUGCAGCAUUUAUCUCAAGUUUGGCAUUGGUUGCUACAUCUAACUCAUUUGGAAGAGCUGGAUUAAUGGCUCUUGCCUCCUGUAUUGCUUCAGCAGCCUGUUGCUGUGACACACAUCCUGCAAACAAAGAAUGUUCAGCUACAGAACAAGUAAAAUCUACUGAAGAAAGAUGUUUGCCCUUUGAUGCUGCUGAAUUGUUAGAUGCUCUAGGAAUUGUUAUUGAGAGAAGUAAACAACAUUUCAAUCCAAACUAUCGUAGAAGAGUGUGCGAGGAUGUUCUAAAUGCUGCAUCAUCCCUGACAAAUGUCAUGGAUAUUGAAUUUGAUCUGCUUCUGCAUUUUAUUGCAAAAGUUCCUCGGGAGUUUACUGAUAAUGGAUCUUUAAGAGUGAUUGUGCAGAAAUGGCUUCUGAAAUGUAACAAUUCCAGGAUGUAUGUUCUGGAGAAUCUUAUUGACUUUCCUAUGAGCUUUAUUGUGCAGAUGCAGUUGUCUGAAUCUUCAACAAGUUUUGAUGAUGAAGAUGUUGAAUCAUGGGGAAGAGAGGCCCAAAGGUGGGCAAGGGUUCUUUUCCUUGUUCUCACAGAGGCAAAACAUCUGGAAGCAAUAUUCAUGUGCCUAGAGAAGUACAGCAGUUCUCUUGGCAAUCAGAAUUCAUGCAGUGAAUGGGUACCAAUCAAACUUUUUAUUCUUUUUCUGGCCCUUAUUGAAGAACUACAAAUUGGAUUUAGCAGUGUUGUGCACCUCUCUGUUGAUAAAUACAGAACAGAAUACAGUAUUAUUAACCAAUUAGGGAGAGAAACUCUGCCAGAAAUUUCCAUAUAUUAUAAAGCUGCUGGAGCAUUUCAUCGCUUAUUGGAACAUCUUGUCCCUUUUACGAAGUUAGCAUCAUCAGUAUUCUGGUCAAUUCCUGCUGCUGAGGACUUGCAGUUACCUCCUUCUAUCAAAGGAAGGCUUGGAGGUCCAAGUCAGAGGCGGUUGGCUUCUGUUAUAACUUCUAGGGUUCUGCAAGCUAUUUUCUCUCUAAGGACAGUUGCUUCUAUCUCUUCAUGGUGCAAUGAGUUGGAGAGUGGUGAUUUCUCUGAUACAUUUUCUUUCUUAUGGACCUUUUCAUGGAAAGCUGUCCAAUCUUCUAUUUACCAUACAGAGGUUGGGGCAGAGAUAUCUUUGGCUACAUAUGAAGCAUUGGCGUAUGUCUUAAAAGUCUUUCCUAACAACUUCACCAAGUUGAAUCUGGAUUUUGUGUUGUCAUACAAUGAGACUCAGUGGCCUGAUAGGGAAGCCAUACAUUUGUUGGAUCCUUUGGUUCUUAACUUCCUUGAUAAUAUGAAGAAACUUCUAGCUAAUGGACUACUGACUCGAAGUCGAAGAGCUGUUUUGAUGAAUUGGAAGUGGAUUUGUCUGGCAUCUCUGCUUUCAAUUCCCAGUAACGUCAUGGCAUAUAGUCACAUUAGCUCUGCUGUCUCCUUAUUGUCUCAUUCAACUCUGAGAAGUGUCUUUCUCGAUAUCCUUGACAGUCUUGAGAAUGCUGGUGAGAAUUCUCUGUUGCCUUUGCUGAAAUCUGUGAGGUUGGUUUUGGGACUAUUAUGCUCUAGUGCCACAUUGUCCAGUAUUCAUCCAUGUGAAGUUACUGAUGAGAUGAUGCAAUUGGCUCAGUCAUCCUGGAUAUUACACGUCAACUGCAAUAAGAGGAGGGUUGCACCUAUUGCUGCACUUCUUUCCUCUGUAAUGCAUCAGUCAUUAUUUAGUCAUUUAGCCAUGCACGAUACCAAAGAUAACAAACCUGGCCCUUUGAAGUGGUUCGUUGGAAAACUUCUUGAUGAUGGCAAAAGAAGUCCCCGCACCAUUCGACUUGGAGCUUUACACUUAACAGGAUUGUGGCUGUUGUAUCCGGCAACAAUUAAAUAUUAUAUAAAAGAGUUGAAGUUGCUGACACUAUAUGGCUCUGUGGCCUUUGAUGAGGAUUUUGAAGCAGAGCUGUCUGAAAAUCAUGAAGCUGAAAUUGAGGUUUCUAUGCUUGCUCAAAGUCCUGAUCAAGAAUUCACAGAGGUGUUUAUUAAUACUGAGAUGUAUGCUCGUGCAUCUGUUGCUGCUCUCUUCUACAAGCUGGCAAAUUUUACUUUAGAGGAUGGGGAAAGGGAAAAGAAUGAUGCAAUUUCAAGUGGAAAAAUUUUUCUAUUGGAGAUGCUCGACUCUGUGGUCAAUGAGCAAGAUCUUGCAAAAGAACUUUACAAGAAGUAUAGUGGUGUUCAUAGGAGAAAGGUCCGAGCAUGGCAGAUGAUUUGUAUACUUUCACAUUUUGUUGAGGAUGACAUUGUCAGAAAAGUUACAUCUGACCUGCACAUUUGCCUCUAUAGAAACAACCUUCCAGCUGUAAGACAGUAUUUGGAGACUUUUGCAAUACAAAUUUAUUUAAAAUUUCCAUCUUUGGCCGAAGAGCAAUUAAUUCCUAUUUUUCACAACUAUAACAUGCGGCCACAGGCACUUUCUUCAUAUGUAUUUAUAGCAGCUAAUGUGAUACGUCAUGAAAGUGACCUUGUUGCCCAAAGAAUACAUUUAAAUGAAUUAUUUCCUCCAAUAAUUCCAUUAUUAACCUCACAUCAUCACAGUCUACGUGGUUUUACUCAGCUACUUGUUUAUCAUGUUUUAUGCAAAUUGUGGCCGAUUAUGAUAAAUAAUGGUUCAGAAGUUGCAUCGCUAGCGGAGAAGUGUUUUGGGGAUUUGAGAUUAUAUUUGGCAAAAAAUACAGACUGUGUCAAGUUAAGGGCAUCAAUGGAAGGCCUGCUUAAUGCUUUUGAUCCCAAGUUAUCUGCAACCCCUUCUGGUGUGUUUGAUGUCCAGAAAGAGGGAUCUGAGUUUGAAUGUGUGCCUAUUUCACUGAUGGAAAAAGUAAUGGACUUUUUAAAUGGUGUGAGAGAGGAUCUUAGAUUCUCCAUGGCUAAGGAUGCCAUGAUCAUUAAGAAUGAGCAUUUUGAUGCUACAAAUAUGUGCAAGGACAUAGCAGAAUUACCUGAUGGCAGUUCUAAAGAACCACAAGCAAUGUUGAAGGAUAGUAACUUGGAUUUCCAGAGGAAAAUCACACUGCAGAAGGAAGUUAGGCCCUCUAUUGACGAUGAUAGUAUUGCCAUGGCUAGCGAUGUUGAGUUUCCAAGAUUACUCUCGGACCUUGAGAAGGAAGACCAUCUUUUUGGCUCAGUGUUGCAAGUUAGGAAUCAAGCUUUGGAGAGGAUAAGACAACAGAAACAACAGUUUAUUCUUGUAGCUUCGUUGAUUGACCGUAUACCAAAUCUUGCUGGCUUAGCACGAACUUGUGAGAUAUUCAAAGCAGCUGGCUUGGUUAUUGCCGAUGCUAGCAUUUUGCAGGACAAGCAAUUCCAACUUAUCAGUGUGACAGCUGAGAAAUGGGUACCUAUUAUAGAGGUUCCAAUUUCCAAUAUCAAAGGUUUCCUGGAAAAGAAAAGAAAAGAAGGUUUUUCUAUCUUGGGCCUUGAGCAGACGGCAAACAGCACACGCCUUGAUCAGUAUUCCUUCCCGACAAAAACAGUUCUGGUCUUAGGCCGCGAGAAGGAAGGUAUUCCUGUUGAUAUUAUCCACGUACUCGAUGGCUGUGUUGAGAUACCACAACUGGGGAUCAUCAGGUCGCUCAAUGUUCAUGUCAGUGGCGCCAUAGCACUUUGGGAGUAUACGCGGCAGCAAAGGCACAAGCUAUAGUAAUCCCGUUAAGGAUUUGGUGAUAUAGAAUUUAUUGGAAAUUACUCGGCUAAAUUGUUAUUCUUGUUUAGCAUACUGAAAACUGCUGCUGUUCUUGCAGAUUCUCUUCCCAAUAUAUUAUUUUUCAGAUGUUGAAUGUAUGCUUUAUCUAAAUUACUCAAAUGUGUAAUACAGUUUCAAUUGGAGUAACUUUGUAUCGGAUUUUGGACAGAUAACUUGUGUUGUAAUCAAAAGGUAAUUUAUUAUA